UGCACUGUGCGUUUCCUCUCAUGUCUGGAGAUGAUGGACCUAAAGCUCCGCAGGUUUGAUGCUUGUGUUUGAGCAAUUAAAAAAAAAAUUAAAAUUAAUUCACUGUUGUUAUCCACAUCUUCAUCACCAUCAUCUUCAUCACCAUCAGAGCCAGAGAGGAGAGGAAGAUGGGCUGCUGCUCGGCUCGAUGCAUGCUGAUCCUCUUGUGUUGUCUGCAGCUGAUCACUGCGCUGGAGAGGCAGGUGUUUGACUUCCUCGGCUACCAGUGGGCUCCCAUCACGAUCAACUUCUUCCACAUCAUCAUGGUCAUCCUGGGCCUGUUUGGUGUCAUCCAGUACAGAUCACGCUACGUUAUCGUGUACCUGCUGUGGACGUUGUUGUGGGUCGGCUGGAAUGUCUUUGUCAGCUGUCUCUACUUGGAUUUGGGAGGCCUUUCAAAGGACGGUGACAUCCUCUCCCUGGGAGUGUCGUCGCAUCACUCGUGGUGGAAGGACAAUGGGCCGCGGUGUGAGAGCGAGGGCCUUCCCUCCGCUGGAUGGCAGAACCAGAGAAACCCCGAGCUGACCACGGUGCUGAGCUGCUGGCUUGAAUAUCAGUACAUCGAAAUCCUGCACUGCGUCGUCCAGCUCCUCGUAUCACUUCCGGGAUUUGUUUAUGCCUGCUACGUCGUCAGCACUUUCUCAGAUGAAGAAGACAGCUUUAAUUUCAUUGGUGUAUUUCAUCAUCCAUCCAAACCCUCUCAGUUGCUCUUCUAGUGUAAAGACCUGCCGAUUAUAAAUAACCACACAAGUAAAGUGGUUGAGGAAAGCCGAGAAGGAACCUAGCAGCAGGGGAGAGAACUUUGAAGACUGUCAUCUAUCUUCAACAUGCAGGCCUGUUCAUGAUGUGUUUUUCCUCAGACCUCAAAUGCUGUAAAUCUAGAUUUAAAUCUACCUCUGUGUGUGUGUGUGUGUGUGUGUGUGUGCACGAAAGAGACAGAAAUCACUAGAUAAGAAGCACUAAGAUGUAAAUAAGUAGGCCUAGCAGAUCUUUUCACGUUUUGUAAAAUGUAUAAUUUAUUAAUAAUGUGUCAUUUCAGUGAGAAAAAGUGACCACUCCAACUUGUGUAGUGUAUUAUAUAAUUCAGUGAAAUAAACCACGCUCACAAAACAGCUUGUAUUGUGGUAUAUUGCACACAUUUUUUUUCUUCAUUAUUAAACAUUUAUAAGACUAA